GAAAUAUAUUUUCAAUAACAACACUUGAUGUGCCAAUUUUUCCAGUCUCAUAAAAGGUUAACCCAUAGCUUAGAGGCACGUAAGGAGUGCAAUCGAGUAAGAAUGCGCAAUAAAUUUGUAUGCGAAUCAUGCCAUGACUCUGCUUAUAAAACCAACAAAAAAAAAAGAUAAAUAGAUGUUUAUUUGAGUUGAAUAUAAAGUUUACAAGGUUUCUAUUUAAUAUAUCUAAAAAAAAGAAAAACAUCCCACAAAUCAACAAUAUUCAUGUCUAUAUUUUUUAUAAUCCAAAAACCAAAUAUGUAUUCCAUAGGGUUUAAAAAAGCUAAAAAAAAAUCUCUACAAAUCAAAAACAAAAUUGCGCCAUUUUAUUGGUUUUCACAGACAAAAUAAAUUUGCUUUCAUUCUAACUGGCUCGAAUCAUGUCAUCCUAACCAUCAUUACCGAAUUUUUAUUUUAUUUUUUUGUUUGUCUUUUCCUUUGAGAAUCUAGUUUUUGGCUUUGAUUUUUUACCCCCAGAAUGAUGCAUUAUUUGUUGAUCCAUACCAAACCUACGCAGUAAUACAAAAAUGUAUCAAAAAAACCUUACAUUUAGACAAAUAUGCGCAUUAGAAAAAAUAUAAACUCUCGAAACUGUCAUACAAAGCUUUCAAUCCACAUAAAGUAAAGCUUCAUCCUCCAAGAAGCUUUACUAUUCCAUUGGAAGUCCCAAAAUUCAUCUUGAGCUUUGCACACAAAAACCACAUUUACUGCGCAUGACAUACCUUUAAAAUGUGCAGGCCAAUUCCAAACCACGAACGCAUGGAGCAGCAUCCUAGUUAUUCUCACAGAUUCAUCUCGUUUUCACUUCAAAUCCAAAAAUCUAUGCUAUGGUGGUGCGGUAUGGAAACAAAACCGAGCUUUACCUACCACUAUACUGCCACUUCCAACAUCAACCAUCAACCACUACCACAAUCCAUAGCAACCUAGAUGUAUCCUUCAAUGCAGCCAUAGCGACGACGACGACCAUUAAAAACUUCUCCAGCUUCCGUUCCGUUUCACAUACUCUACUGUGCCUGUGCCAUCUGUCCUUGCACAAUCUCAGUGUGGGCAAUAACCAGAGCAGCUACCACCAGCCCGCACUUGUCCUCCCUUUGUGUACAUCUAACUCUGAAUAUGACUCUUCUUUUCCAUAAUUCAACAAAUAUAUGGACCAAAUCCUGCCAGUACAUCGCGAGCCCUUGACUCGAAAGGGUACACACCCCAGAACAUCACAAGGAUUAUACUUACACCAAAAAAAAGCUAAAAAUUAAAAUAAAAAAAGAACAGUGUACUACUUCCAAAGAGAAUCUCUACAAAAAAAAAAUCGGGCCACCAUUUCUAACAUAAAAAAAAAUGUGAGUGGAAAGCAACAAAUCCUUGUCGUCCUUGUUCGCAAAAAAUAAAAAAUACACAAAACAUACGGAAUUUUAUAUUUUUUUUUUGCGAAAAUUUUUUUUAAAUCAAUGCCGCAUUUAAGUUGUUCACAGCAUCUUCUCAAUUUGCAUUCGGAUUUUUGUCUUCCGGUCAAGUCUUUUUAAGUUUCAAUGAAAACAACCGCUGUACAAGUGACUUGCAAUUAAUAACAAAUUAAAAAAUAUGAAAUCUACUGUGUUAAGUGUUAGCAAUAAAUUCCUAGACGCGAAAGAAUACUUUAGCUGAGAUUUUUCUUUCUUUUUCGAAAAACGCAAAACGAAUAUACGAAAACCAACAAAACCGAAACACGAAUCGCUCUGGUUAUACAUACGACGACGACGCGAUCCACACCACGAAACAUCUCUCUACCAUCAUCAUCUCUACCUACAAUACAAUACUACUCUCAAUCUGCAGUAACGAAAACAUAUUUUAUUAUAUAUUUUAUGAUUUUUUCCCCAACACCAUCAUCGUCAGAAUCAAAAUCAGCAUCAUCACAGUCAUCGCUUGUCAACAUCGCAAACAUUUCGACGUCGACCAAAGUUACAAAUUCUCAGAAGUGGGAUAACGAAUAAAAUUUAUAUUUAUUUUUUCGUAAUCGUGGACAUUUUUCUUGUUGUUUUUUUUUUUUUAUUUCAACCAAACCAUCAACAACCAACAAAAAAAAAAUUUAGAACUUUUGUGUUUGUCUUUCGAAAUAAAUAUAAUAAAGUUUUUUAAAAAAAAUAUCCUUAUCGUUGUUGCUGAAAGAGAAAGAGAGAGAGAGAGUGAUGUUUACACGACAAGUAGUUCAACACACAUACAACAUCGGAGAAGAAGAAAAAUCGUGAAAUAAAAAAAAAAAAAUAUUCGGAGAAGUUUUUCCUGCUAUGCCCUAGUCUUCUUCUGGUUUAUUUCCGCCUUUGGAAAACACCAACACAAAUUAACUGCAAACAAAUAGAACAAAUUUAAAACAAUAAUAUAUAGAAAAAAAAAACAACAACAACAAACAAAUGUUAACCUAAAAAAAUGAAUAAAACAACAAAAUUGAUAUAGAAAAAAAAAUUAUUUUUAAAAAAACCAACAAUACAUAAAAUUUAAAAUUAAUUCUCGAAACGAAACAAAAAAAAAAUAAAUAAAUUAUAUAUUUAAAAAAACCAUAAAUUAACAAAAAAAAACUCUUAAAUAAAAAUAUAUAUACUUAUAUAUAAAAAAAAAAAAUAAAUUCAAUUUUUGUUUGCUGUUAUUGCUAGAAUAGUCGUCGUUAUUGUUGUUGUAAUAUAACUGUUAUUUUUUAUAAUCAAAUCAGAGGUAUAUUUAUAUGUAAAUAAAAACAAACAAAAAAAAAUUAAAAACAAGAUUAAAAAAAAUAUCUGCAAAUGCAAUAACACUUAGAAACUUAGAUAAAUAGUAAUUUUUUUAGUUUGAAAUUUUGGUGUUAAAUUCUGUGAUCAAAACAAAAAAUAAAAAAUCCAAUUCAAAGUUAAAAAAACAAAAAAUUAAAAUAAACGUAAAAAAAAGGAAGAAACAAAAAAUUAUCAUCAUCAUCAUCAAAACCUUUGCAACUACAGGAAAAGGAUUUUUGGAAAAUAAAAGAAAAAUUUAAAAAAAUACAAAAAAUAUCAAACAAUGUGUAUACUCGAAGUUAACAACGAUCAAUUCACGUGGUAUUGGAAUUCUCAUGAGACAACCUCGACACAAUAGAAACCGGCACGUCAUACUGCUAUCAAGCGAUUCCUAAAAACUAACAAAAGAAAAAUAUAACAAAACAAACUCUAAUCGAAAAAUAAAGGCACUCUUCUGCUGAAAAAGCAAAAGAAGCAAAGCGAACUCGAAUAAGCGAAGCGAAGCGAAGCGACACCUCCUCCUCCAUAUCAUCACCACCACCAUAGUUCCACUGCAGAGAUAACUAAUUAGCUGAAAAAUUUAUUCAAGACAAUCAUCUCCGCCACCACCUCACAGAUUGCAAUGCUCUGGUAGCCAAGACAGCUUUGCCGUGGACCAUUACUGCGGCGGCGGGGGACAACUGAACAGCAUCGGUGGCAGUGGAGGUCAAUGGUCGGGCAUACCGAAUUGCGGCGGACCUAUGUGCCAUCAUGGGCCAGGGCCGGGUGGGCCACCAGCAGUGCCGCCACCACCCCCGCCACAAUCUAUGAUGGGCGGUGGUGGCGGUCACUUAGGUUCACAAAUUGGCAUUGGUGGCGGUGGUAUUGGGCAUUGUGGCGUAGGCGGCGCCGGGCAGCAGUCGUCGGUGCCGCCGCCGCCGCCACCCCUCUGUAAUCCUUGUAGUUCAAAUAGUUUUAAUUCAGUGCCAAUGCCGGGACCGUCGUCGUCGCGAUGGGGUCCACGGACAUCGUGCCCUGUUCAUAGCCCUUUUCGAGUUCGAGUGCCUAAUGGUUCGAUUUGUCCAGGACAUCAGGUAAGCCACAUUAUUAAAUGAAUUUUGUGAGUAUACAAUUUUUAUUUAAUUAAAUUUUCAUUGCCUCAAACAUCUUUCAAAUAAAAAACCAUGUUUCUUUGAAAACAUUUUAGUUACUCAAUAAAACAAAAAAACAAAAAUAGAUUAAAAACAUAAA